GUCCUUGAAUAGCAGAAGUAAUACCACAAACUUUCAAAAAACACGUUUUAGUACAACGAUGCAGAAUCAAAAGGGAAGUGCCAAGAUCACAUGGAGUCACGUCUGCCUCUACUCUUUUUCAGCAGUCAUUGUUUUAUUGGAGAAAGCGGCACUUGUACUGUGCUUUACUCACUACCUCUGGAUGGGAAAGGAGCUGCUGGCCUGGCUGACUCUGGGUCUGUGUCUGCCUGUCACGGCUGUGCAGCUGCUUAGUCUGAAGUGGUACAUCACUGAUACAGAAAGACCCAAGCCCUCACUUCUCCUUGUGCAUUGUCUGCAUCUGGGCGUCUACCACAGGUUAUGGAAAUGCAUGAAGUCCCAGGGUGGGCAAGUUAAGUUUGGUGCAUCACUAAUGCAGCAGGCUGAUGUGUCUGCUCUAUUACUGAUCGAGGCCCUGACCCUCAGCCUUCCUCAAAGUCUGCUUCAGACCUACAGUUUAUUCACCCUUCAACCUAGCUUUCUGUCACCAGUGGUCUUAUGUGUCGGGCUGAGCCUCCUGAAUGUGUCCUGGUUUCUGGUCCUGUACAGCCGCUCAUGCUUUCUGCUCCGUCCCGGCCAUCUGCACAUGACUCCUGCUGCAAUGCUGUGCCAGCUCAUAUGGAGGGGAGGCAUGCUGGGUGCCAGGGUAGCCAGCCUCAUGUUCUUCUGCAGUACAUUUCACUGGUGGUCCUGUGGAGUCGUGGGUUUCCACUGGCUCAUUAUGACUUUCUGGCAAGUGUCCCAGCAGACAGACAUUUGCAUUAACCGUGGUUCCUGGCGGCUCUUCAACUUUAUCUUAGGGGCAUUGCACAUUUUCCUCUUCCUUAACGUCAAAGACGGGCCCUCCCGGUACCGCAUGACUGGAUUCUAUUUGUUAAUGUUGCUGGAGAACACCUUCCUUCUGCUUUUGGCGUCAGACUCACUCAGUGGGCCUUCAUGGGACAGCAUGAGUGUUCCUCUGGCUGUCUUAUGCAGCUUCCUCAUCGGUGUCAUUUUUGUAGUUCUUUACUACCGAUUUCUUCAUCCAAAAUCUACGGAGAUCCUCCAGAGUCUGAGACUCCAAAUGAGCCUGACAGCUGUUGACGGAACUACCGAUGUGGACUGCAAGGACACAACACUUCAGUCCUCCAGACACAAUCAUGGCACUUUCUCAGUGACUGGUUUUGCUCCUGAUAAGUAUACAGAAGGCUCUUCUCUUCAGCCACUAGAGGGUGACUGGCACCAUCAUCAUAUGUUAAUACGUCUGGCUCUCAAAACUGGAAACAAAGACAAGAUCAGCUGCUUGUAUGGAGACAGAGGGCUUUCAGUCAUUCUGGAGAAUGAUGGUGCACCCGACAUAGACACUGGAGGUAACGGUUGUAACCAGCCAAUCAUGGAAGCAGGUGAACAAUCUAAAAGUUGUCCAGUUGAAAACCAAGAGGGAGUUUCUGGUACUGAAGUCAGACAGCAGUCUCCAGAGAAGGGUGCAGUGUAUAACACCUGCCCUGUGGACUGCAGUAGCACUGUUUACUUUAGUGCAGAAGCCCACUCCUCUCACAGUGUUGGCGAUUCUACAUUAGAUAAAGAGAAUAUGGCUGUGAUCAGUCCCAUUGUAAAUGUAGCUGCACCACAUCUCACUGUCAAACAGCUGUUAAACAGGAACCCGUGUUAUACCUCAACUCCAAUACCAGACCUUAAAACAAUACAGAGUACAAGUCCUCGAUUAGGAGGGGCGAGAAGACAGGUACAUUUUUAAUACAAAGUUUUAUUUGGGAUAAAGCUGGUAAAAUUAGCAUUUUACUAGGUUUCUGCAGGUCUUCAAAUUUUUAAUUCACCCCCUCGCACAAUGUAAGGCCUUAAAAAGGUCAGAUCUUAAAUUCAGUCAUAAAAAUAAUUGUUGCAUGAAUGGCAAAUUAAUGUCUUCUUUAGUACUUUUGUUUGUCAAUACAAACAUCCUUAAAUCAAGAUACAGUACCAGUCAAAAGUUUUUGAACAGUAAAAUUAAACAAAUAAGUUUUUCUGCUCACCAAGCCUACAUUUAUUUGAUCCAAAAUACAGCUAAAGCAGUAAUUUUGUGAAAAUAUUUUUACUAUUUAAAAUAACUGCUUUUGUUUAAAUAUAUAUAUUUAAUAAUGUAAUUUAUUCCUGUGAUCAAAGCUAAAUUUUCAGAUCAAUACCUCAUACUCUUUCAGAAAUCAUUGUAAUUUGCUGAUUUGUUAUUCAAGAAAUAUUAUUAUUAUUAUUAUUAUUAUUAUUAUCAUAUUUAAAAGAAUUGUGUGCAAUUUUUUCAGGAUUAUUUGAUGAAUAGAAGAUCCCAAGAGCAGCAUUUAUUUGAAAUAAAAAGCUUUUGUAACAUUAUACACUAUACCAUUCAAAAGUAAUUUUUAUUUUAAAGAAACUAUCGAAAUUAAUACUUUUAUUCAGCAAGGAUGCUUUAAAUUUACCAAACGUGAUGAUAAAGACAUUUAUAAUGUUACCGAUAAAUGCUGUUCUUCUGAACUUUCUAUUCAUCAGAGAAACCUGAAAAAAAUAUAUACUCAGCUGUUUUUAACCUGUUUUUUGAGCAGCAAAUCAGAAUAUUAGAAUGAUUUCUGGAUCAUGUGACUGGAGUAAAGAUGAUAAAAAUUCAGCUUUAAAUCACAGGAAUAAAUUACAUUUUAAAAUGUAUUCAAAUAGAAAGCAGUUAUUUUAAAUAGCAAAAAUAUUUUAAAAUUUUACUGUUUUUGCUGAAGUUGAGUUUUCAAAUUCUGAGGUUUUGCCAAUACAACAUGUUACAAUUCCUUUCAAUUUAUUCCUUUUAUUUUCUUUAUUUGGUAUUUUAAAAAAGUCUUACAUUUACCUUCAUAAAACCUGCAGAAACUCUAGUUAUUAUUAGCACAUAUUAUAACCACUACAAACUGGAAGUUAUCUGUAUCUGAAGUUUGGUACUAUUAGUUAUAAGCUCUGUGAAUUAAAACUGGUUUACAUAUACUGUGUACGUUUGCUAGAAGUUACAUUGACAUAUUUCACUUGCUGCUCUUUUUUACCAUAGUGUUUGAUACAUUACAUGGUUUUAUAUAUAUUUUUGUCAUGUAUUUUUAUAUUUUGUCUAAUUUGAUCUGUAUUUUAUCAAGUAUAUAUAUGUAAAGGGAACACAAUAUUUACAACUAUUGUUAUAUUUAUGGUUAAUCUGUGGAGAAAAGGGUUUUUUUUAUAAUUUUGUAAUUUUAUAUCAAAAUAAUUGUAUAAAUGUGUUUUAAAAUGUUUAAAACUCGAAACAUUCUGUAUUUACACACUUAAGAACACUUAUUUUUUCAUUCUUACUAAUAUAAAGCAUGGUCUUGUACCAUUCAAUGCUAAUUUAUACAUGUCCUAGUAAUCUAAACAGUUUAUGAAAUAUUAUUUAGGUACCAUUUCUUUGUUGUUAUAGUGCCCAUCUGUUUGUCUGCAUGUCCUAAAAUGGGAAUAAAAAACGUUGAAAUUUUAUGAUUCUGUCAUAAUAUCUGUUCAUCAGCAGAGGG